CUGGAAUCAGACAGCAUGGUGCCAAAGCUCAGGGAACUCUUGCAUGAUUUCCAUAUUUAGGGGUGCAGAGGGCAGUGGGGGAGGGAAGGGACACUGUGUCACCUGCCUUUCAAGAAGCUCUCUUAGUAGAAGACCCUUGAAUCAGUAGAUUUCGGGAGAAGCAAAGUCUGAAUGAGUUAAAAUGCCUUUUCUAUUUGCCUUAUAAUGAAGCAACCAAAGGAAAAUGCACUUGAGUGAAAAGAACAAGAUUCUUCGCGUUUGGAAUGGGGGUCAGAGGCAGAGCGCAUCCUCCACAUCUUCGUCUACCUUAAACUCCCUGCAACUUCAGGGCUGGCCUUAUUGCCAGACUUCAGAAACCUCUAGACCUUGAUCGCAAGAGAAACUACCAGUGCACAUACAAAUAAAGAGCGGGGAGGGGUGGAUGGCGAUGAAGUCAAGACAGAAGAAAUCAAACUCUCGUUUUGGACCCAGGGCGCGCAACGGGGCGGGGACAGCGGUGUUCAGCCCCAGAACUCAAUCGGGUUCAUCUCUCCGUGUGGACGCUUGGCACCUCUCAGAACCCACCGAAGGCGCAUAAUCUGCACACGAGCUCACUUCAUUGGAUCCAGGCGUUCACUAGCGGGCACGUCCAGCGGCUGGCCCAGAGCGAGCUUCGUGGGAACUGUGGCCGGAUCCUAGGAAGCAAGCUGGCUCCGGUCCCUACCCAGCUCCACCUGGCUCUCGCCUGCCCGCCCUCCCUCCUACCCAGGAGUUGGAGGAUGGUCCCGGGGCACUCCUGUGGGGCUGCUGGUCCCCUGUGUCUUCAGCCGGAUCCUCUCUAUUGUGUGAGUCCCGUGCGCGCCCAGUUUGGAGGCAGCCGCCCCCGCCGCUGACAGGUGCUGCCCGUAGGGUGCCGGGUACGGUCCCUGGCGCAGCUGGACGUGCACACCAGGGUGCGCGUAGCUUCCAAGCCCGGAACCAGCGAGGAGGAGGAGGCCGGGCGCGGCCUGGGGGACUACAGUGGACUGCAGCCGCGGAGGUCGGAGCUAGAAACUUUGCAGGCGCAGCGGCCAGGAUUUGGUGACAGCGCCAGCCCACACCAGCAAGUGCAGGAGGAAGAGGCGGCGCCGGAGUCCCGCGGCCCGAGAGCCGCGGCGGCAGCGGCCUCUUUCCCCGGCGCUGGCCUGAAGCCGCUGGGCGCUCCCAGCUUCUGCUGCUGCGCCCGCCGCCGCCACCGCCGUCGCCGCCACCACGGUGGGGCUCCCGGAGGAGGCGCAGCAGGAGAGGGCGGUGGAGAAGGAGGGGGUGGAGGAGGGAAGAGGAGGAGCAGGGGGUGGAGGAUGGAGCCCCGGGCUGCCGCGGCGGGCUCGCCAGAGCCUGUGGCAGCAUCCUCCUCUUUCCAGGCCCGGCUCUGGAAGAACUUGCAGCUGGGAGUGGGCAAGAGCAAGGGCGGGGGCGGCGGGCGCGCUGGGGCGCCAGAGCGCCGCACUGCGGACACCCAGUCGCCCUCCCCGCCACCCCCAGGGGGCAGGCGGGAUGCACUGGCCAGCGUGGGUGGCACGGGCAGCAGAUGGAGCGGCUUCAAGAAACGGAAGCAAGUGCUAGAUCGCGUCUUCUCCUCCUCCCAGCCCAACCUGUGCUACUCCUUGCCGGAGCCCCUGGAGCCUGGGGGUACCGGCAGGGCAGAGCAGGGGUCAACUCUGCGCCGCCGGAUUCGUGAGCAUCUGCUCCCCGUAGGAAAGGGGCCGGCGGCAGCUCCGGGAGCAGGCGGAGUGACGCCUCCUGGCGGACACUCCCCAGACUCAGUUCCCUCUUCGUCCUCCGCCUCAUCGUCCCUGUCCUCAUCGCCCCAGCCACCGCCAAGGGGGGACCGUGCCCGAGAUGAGGGUGCACGGCGUCGGGGCCCCACGGCGCACUUGUGCCAUCAGAAGAGUUCCUCCCUGCCGGGCACCGCCUGCUUGGAGCAGCUGCUGGAGCCACUGCUGCCUCCCGCAGAGCCAGCGCGGAUCCCCGCGGAGCUGCGGAUCCCGGAGGGGGGCGCGGAGCGCAGCUGCAGCCCGGCUUUUCUUCACCUCGUACCGUCUCAAUCCAGUACAAUAGAUUUUUAUUCUUACUACUCCACUGAAAUGGCUCCUAUGAAGGUCAACAUUUUUCCAAAGCUAAAGAAAAUAAAUACUUCUGGAACCAGUAAUGCAGAUGUACCUUUGGCUGAUCCCGGAAUGUACCAAUUGGACAUUACAUUAAGAAGGGGUCAGAGUUUAGCUGCUCGAGAUCGAGGAGGGACAAGUGAUCCAUACGUGAAGUUUAUUGGAGGAAAAGAAGUUUUCAGAAGUAAAAUAAUAUACAAGAACCUCAAUCCUGUGUGGGAGGAGAAAGCUUGCAUUCUUGUUGAACAUCUUAGAGAACCAUUGUAUGUAAAGGUAUUUGACUAUGAUUUUGGACUACAGGAUGACUUUAUGGGCUCAGCCUUUCUGGAUCUCACACAGUUGGAGGUAAACAGGCCCACGGAUGUGACUCUGACAUUGAAAGAUCCCCAUUAUCCUGACCAUGAUCUUGGAAUCAUUUUGCUCUCAGUCGUCCUCACCCCUAAGGAAGGAGAACACAGGGAUGUGACAAUGCUAAUGAGGAAGAGUUGGAAAAGAUCAAGUAAGGAACUCUCAGAAAAUGAAGUGGUUGGAUCUUAUUUCUCUGUGAAGCCUUUCUUUUGGAGGACGUGUGGCAGGCCUGCUUUUCCUGUACUGGGCUUCUGCAGAGCAGAGCUUCAGAGUGCUUGUUACCAAAAUAUACAAUUUCAGACCCAAAGUUUACGUCUCUCAGACGUACACAGAAAAUCACAUCUUUGGCGUGGAAUAGUCAGUAUCACAUUGAUAGAGGGGCGAGACCUCAAGGCGAUGGAUUCAAACGGGUUGAGUGACCCCUACGUGAAGUUCCGGCUUGGGCAUCAGAAGUACAAAAGCAAGAUUAUGCCCAAAACUUUGAAUCCUCAGUGGAGGGAACAAUUUGAUUUUCAUCUCUAUGAAGAAAGAGGUGGAAUCAUUGAUAUCACAGCAUGGGACAAAGACGCUGGGAAAAGGGAUGAUUUUAUUGGCAGGUGCCAGGUCGACCUAUCUGCCCUGAGUAGGGAACAGACACACAAGUUGGAAUUGCAGCUGCAAGAGGGCGAGGGACACCUGGUGCUUCUGGUCACCCUGACAGCUUCGGCCACAGUCAGUAUCUCUGACCUCUCCGUCAACUCCCUGGAGGACCAGAAAGAACGGGAGGAAAUAUUAAAGAGAUAUAGCCCAUUGCGGAUAUUUCACAACCUAAAAGAUGUGGGAUUUCUCCAGGUGAAAGUAAUCAGAGCAGAAGGAUUAAUGGCCGCUGACGUUACAGGUAAAAGUGACCCAUUUUGUGUAGUUGAAUUGAACAAUGAUAGGCUGCUAACACAUACUGUCUACAAAAACCUGAAUCCUGAGUGGAACAAAGUCUUCACAUUCAACAUUAAAGAUAUCCAUUCAGUUCUUGAAGUGACAGUUUAUGAUGAAGAUCGGGAUCGAAGUGCUGACUUUCUGGGCAAAGUUGCUAUACCAUUGCUGUCUAUUCAAAAUGGUGAACAGAAAGCCUACGUCUUGAAAAACAAGCAGCUGACAGGGCCAACAAAAGGGGUCAUCUAUCUUGAAAUAGAUGUGAUUUUUAAUGCUGUGAAAGCCAGCUUACGAACAUUAAUACCCAAAGAACAGAAGUACAUUGAAGAGGAAAACAGACUCUCUAAACAGCUGCUACUAAGAAACUUUAUCAGGACGAAGCGUUGUGUCAUGGUGCUUGUAAAUGCUGCAUACUACGUUAAUAGUUGCUUUGAUUGGGACUCGCCCCCAAGGAGCCUUGCUGCUUUUGUGCUCUUUCUCUUUGUUGUCUGGAACUUUGAGCUCUACAUGAUACCACUGGUUUUGUUGUUACUACUGACAUGGAACUACUUCUUGAUAAUAUCAGGGAAAGAUAACAGGCAACGUGAUACCGUAGUGGAGGACAUGCUAGAGGACGAGGAAGAAGAAGAUGACAGAGAUGACAAGGACAGUGAAAAAAAGGGAUUUAUGAAUAAAAUCUAUGCCAUCCAGGAGGUAUGUGUCAGUGUCCAGAAUAUCCUAGAUGAAGUGGCUUCCUUUGGCGAAAGGAUAAAAAAUACGUUCAACUGGACCGUCCCAUUCUUAAGCUGGCUGGCCAUUGUGGCGCUCUGUGUAUUCAUGGUCAUCCUGUACUUCAUUCCACUGAGAUACAUUGUCCUUGCCUGGGGCAUCAACAAAUUUACGAAAAAGCUUCGGUGUCCCUAUGCAAUUGAUAACAAUGAACUACUUGACUUCCUUUCCAGAGUCCCUUCAGAUGUACAAGUGGUGCAAUACCAAGAACUGAAACCAGAUCCUUCUCACAGUCCAUGUAAAAGGAAGAAAAACAAUCUUGGCUAGCCAGCUCCCAGCACUAAGAAGACCAGCAUCUGUUUGGGAAGAUAAAAGAAAAAGCCUUCAAGCCUCAGAAGCAUUUCCUUUCUUUCUGCUUUUUAUUUAUUUUGCCUUUUAUGAUUGAAUUUGUAAAUAGUGUACAAGGGCCUAUGUCUUUGAAAAUAUACUCCAAUUGUACAGCAUCAAUUUGAUAAAGGAUUAGUUACUGCUGUGUGAAAGUCUUGUUAGCUGUGGAUAAUAAUAUAACACACUGGAACAACAAAUGUAAGAAUGGUAACACUGGGAGAACAUACUUGUCUAAUUACAAGUGGAAGAACCAGAUUAGAUUAAAUGCUUAGCUAUGCUCUGAUUAAAUCUACAUAAAAUGUAAAUGUCCAUUUGAUUUUAAAGUGUUUUUUUAAUGUGACCUUUUUACCUGAAAAGUAAUCCAUUACUGUUUUCUAUGUUUUAUACAUUUCAAAAGGGAGGGGAGAGUCCCAAAACAUGAAAUGAAACAGAUGCAUUUCAAGUUAACAUAAAUUCUGACUUCAGAUCCCAACAUUUAUUCCUGAGCAAAUUAUUUAGCUAUGACUAGGCAGAUUUUAAGCUAAUGAGUAAAAGUACAUUCACCCCCUCAAAAGAAUCGUCUACACUCUGAAAUCCUACAAAGAAAACUUCAAAACCUUCUAUCAUUCCAUUUAAAACCUCAAAAUCUCUAUAGGAUUACACAUAAAUACUGCCAGGUUUAUAAAUGAUUGCCUAUCUAAAUUUUUAUACCUACCACUACUUUAAUUUGUACCAAGUGAGCAAAUUAGCAAAAUUUCAGUAGUCAAACAUACUAGCAAAUUAAAUCCGUAUUGCUUUUGGUGUCAGAUUAUACCUCUGUGUAUCUAAAAAUAUUUAAUAAAAAGUGUUCUCACAGAAAAAAGAGGUAUGUGCUUUCUCAUUAGCUUUAAUGCAGCAUACUUUGAUUUGUUAUUAGUGUUAAUUUUAAUGUAGAUGAGAAUGCAGUGUACUAAGUGAUAUGCCAGUGUUUCAUUACAUUCAUGUAUAGAAAAAAAAUAAUCAUUCUUGAUAAUAUGAAUGCAUGAAAACCUAUUUUGUAAAAUAAACUGUUUAUGGGGAGGGGAAGUUUGCCUUUAAAAAUGUUUCACUACUUACUGUAGAAUCUAUACUUAAAAAUUGCAUUCCCAAGACUCUCAUGGUUGUUUUUGUACCUAACUCCCUGUUAUAUCAAGGGAGUAUACCUCUGGAAAGAGAAAUAAUUUGGUAAGAAUGUCUUACUUCCCCUGACUGGAUAGGGGGACGAAGCUUGGUCGAAAUUGCUAUAGACAAUGUUUUGCACUACUUUAUUAAUAAUAGACUGGGAUAGGGUGAAGGUGGGGGUUAUUCUGGAAAAAUGUAGAAAAACCAGAAGCAACAAAUAUAUAUUUCACUCAAAAAAUUCUUUAAAAAUAAAUUUAAUCUCAUCAAAACUGAUUUUUAAAGUAUUUUUAUUUUAAAGCUAUGUUGUUAACUACUAUUUCUUAUGAUAGAACUAUUUUGAUCUGUUUAUACACUGUGGUUGAAAGAAUGCCAAUUAAAUUCCCUUUCUACAGAAAGGCUUUGACCUCAAUAUGCUCUAUUUAGUGCAUCAUGUUUCUAAUGACAUGCUUACAUCUGCAUAUCAUCACUGUUUGUUGCUAAGACGUAAUACUCCGUCUUACGGAGUAUUACUAACAACUUCUUAAUAAGAAGUUGUUACUACAGAAAGUUUACUGAUAGGAUAGUUUGUUUGAAAUCAUUUUUGAUUACAUCUUAUGUGAGAUUUAUGUUCCAUGAUGACAGUGUCUACUCAAAUGUCUACAAGCCUGAUAUUCUACAACCUCAGAUGUACCUAGUAAAUAGUAACCAUUAACAGAUGACUUAUUUCUGUUUGUUUCAUUCUAUGAAAUUGCCGAUGUUUAGUUCAAUGAUAAUAAUGUUGACUAUACAUUCACUGCAUUAAAUACAAAAAAAAAAUCUUUUCUAAGUAUAAUCAGUACUCCUUUCUUUUUCUGGUGCUUGAGAGAAGAGUAAUGGAGGAUUGUGUGCAUAUUCUUAUAAAUGACACUUCACUUAGAUAAACUCAUGUUUCAGUUGUCCAAACAAGACUUUCCCUAAAACCUUGACUGUUGUAAAAAAAAACCUCAUACCUUCAGAGAGGUGAGCAUCCAAUGAAGCUGUCAGGAGAGUAAGAACUAUCUUAAGACAUGAAAGUAAUAUUCAGAAGACUCUUCACUGCUUUUAGAAACUACUUUCAUAGGCUGAAAACUGACUAAUAGAAUUUUUUACCUAUUUUUUUCCCCUCUGUGAGGGGUUUACAAAACUGUUUAAUUUUAUUUAGUUUUGAGAGAUUUGCCCUGUAAAUAUUUCAAAAUAUCUUUACUUAAAAGCCUAACACCUCUUUGCACUGCUAAAUACAGUAGUCAUGUGAACUACUAAAUAUAUUACUAUACUGUAGUGAGUAUAUUCAUCGAAAGUCAUUCAUAUUCUAAACUAUAAUUCAUAAGAAAAUGCAUAUUUUAACUUUUUCAUCUGUAAAAACUUAGUACUUCUUGUCCAUUUUGGUACUGUUCCACAGACUCAAACUGAUAGAUUCUGUAGGAUUCCAAAUUAUUUUUGAACCAUUCUAUGCACAAGGAAAAUCUGAAUUGAGAGAUUCUUUAAAUGACUUUGCUUUGUGGUAUAUUUAUUUUAGUACCUAUUGUAUGACUUGCCCUGUCAUAGGCAGUAGUCAAACCAAUGAUAGUAUAUUAAAAUCAAAUAUGGAGCUAAAAAGCAUAGUGAGAGCAAAAUUUAAUUGACACAUUUCUGAAAAUUAUCUUUUACAGAAUUUUAUUCUGUAUUUAAAAGCAAAGAAAAAUUCAGUAGUAAGCUCUCUUAUCCAGGGACCACAGGAACUUUUUUGUUUCCGUUUUGAUCUUAAUAUCCAAUGUCCCUAAUGCUUAAGGUAGUCCACUCUUGUAUUAACAAGUCUUAAGUCUUAGAGCUUUAAUGUCAGUUUAUAUACUUGUUAAACCCAAAUGUUUAUUUUUGAGCUUUGUACUCACUUAGCAUUAAAAACAUAUAUAUGUGUGUGUGUGUACACACACACACACACACACACACGGCAGUUGAUUCUCCAGAAAUACAAGUAAAGACAGCCACCAUUAUACUUCUUGCAAAAACCUCAAUUAUUAUUAAAUUAGUGCUUAUUUAAA